AUGCUUGCGCAACAGAAAUCCCCCAAGACAUACCCGACACUCGCCCAGGUAUUAGAGGAAGUAAAGAGAAUGACAGACAUAGGGUUCCCAAUAGCAGCCAUGAGCCUUGUGGGGUACCUAAAAAACCUGACCUUAGUUGUGUGCAUGGGAAGGUUGGGAAGCCUGGAGUUAGCUGGAGGUUCUUUGGCCAUAGGACUCACCAACAUAACCGGUUACUCUGUCCUCUCAGGUCUAGCCAUGGGCAUGGAACCCCUCUGCACCCAAGCUUUCGGUUCUAAAAACUUCUCCUUACUCUCUCUAACUUUGCAGAGAACAAUUCUCAUGUUGCUGCUAUUUUCUCUUCCCAUUUCCCUUCUGUGGCUCAACCUCGAAUCUCUCAUGCUUUUCCUUCGUCAGAAUCCAGACAUAACCCGUGUAGCAACCAUCUAUUGCCGUUUCGCCAUCCCAGACCUCAUCGCCAAUAGUUUCCUCCACCCUCUUCGCAUCUAUCUACGAAGCAAAGGAACAACUUGGCCACUGCUGUGGUGCACUUUACUUUCCAUUCUUUUACACCUUCCCACCAUCAACUUUUUAACCUUCAAACUCCACCUUGGCGUGCCGGGAAUCGCUGUUUCAUCCUUUGUUGCCAAUUUUAACAACCUUUUCUUCCUUCUUUUGUACAUGUUCUAUACACGUGUUCCCAAGGAGUCCUUACACGUGCCGUUACUACAGUCUCGUACCAUGUCACAUAAUAAUGUGAUAACAUGUAGUAGCAGUACUAGUACUCUUGCCAAGGAAUGGGGUGUGCUAAUGAAAUUUUCAAUACAAAGUUGUCUAGCUGUUUGCUUGGAAUGGUGGUGGUACGAAUUGAUGACAAUUUCCGCAGGUUACCUUAACAACCCUCGUGUUGCUCUAGCCACGGCUGGCAUAGUGAUACAAACCACAUCUCUUAUGUACACUUUGCCAACAGCACUAAGUGCAUCGGUGUCGACGAGAGUAGGGAAUGAACUUGGGGCGGGGCAAGGUGAAAGAGCGAGUUUGGCAACGGUGGUAGCAAUAGGAUUAGCACUUGCAAGCUCAAUUUUUGGUUUGUUGUGGACCACAAUGGGAAGAGAAAGGUGGGGGAGAGUGUUCACUAGUGACAGUGAGGUGCUGCAAUUGAGUAUGACAGUGUUGCCUAUAAUUGGACUUUGUGAGUUAGCCAAUUGUCCACAAACCACAAGCUGUGGAAUCCUUAGAGGAAGUGCAAGGCCUGGUAUUGGAGCAGUUAUAAACUUUUGCUCCUUUUAUUUGGUGGGAGCACCAGUGGCCAUUGUUUUGGCCUUCGUUUGGAACCUAGGGAUGGUGGGGCUGUGUUAUGGCUUGCUGGCAGCACAGAUCGCAUGUGUGGUCUCAAUUUUCGUUGUGGUGUACAAAACUGAUUGGGAGAGGGAGUCAUUGAAAGCCAGAAGCUUGGUAGGAAAGGGUUUAUGUGGCACUUUUGCAUUUGAUCAUGACCAAAUUACGGUCAAAUGUGAAGAAGGUGUUGUCUUUCUCAAAGAGAACAACUCCGAAAAGUGA